UUUGGCAACAACAGCGGCAACAAUACCAGCAGCAGCAGCAGCAGCAACAACAACAACAGCAACACAUCCAGCAGCAACAGCAACUCCAACAGCAGCAACAACAACUACAGCAGCAACAGCAACAACAACAACCGCAACUGACGGUCGUUUCGUCACCGUCGCCGCAACCUCAGACGGCGCCACCGCCGUCCGCGCUACAACAGCAAGUGAACCAUGACCUGCAGCAGCAGCAAGUGCAGCCGUCGUCCAUCGCGGCGGCGGUCGUCGGACAACAACAGCAGACGCCGAACAGUGUGCAGGUGACGCCCGACGAGGCGAUCGCCAUGGUCGCUCAACGUGUCGCGCAACACCAACAGCGACAGCAGCAACAGCAGGCCGCGCAAAACGUCGACAUGGCCGACGAAACGGACGUGGUCGUCGGACAGCCGUCUCCGGCCGCCAUCCGCGCGGCCGUCCAGCAGCAGCAGCAGCAGGACUCAUCGGCGGCCGCUGUCGCGGCCGCGCUGACCGGACAGCCGACGGCCGCCGGCGAUUCGGCCGUGUCCGUCGUCAUCAAUCAGAACAAUUCGCUAGUGUUGAGCGAUCCGAAAAUGAUGACCGAAAAAUUGGUCAGUGAACUACAGGUGAGUCAAAUGUUGUUUCAAUUAUUUCACGUAGGUCCGUCGAAAACGUUUUACGCAACUAAUAUAAAUAAAAAAAUAAAUAAAUAAAGCUCGUUUUAUUUUUUCGUUUUUUUUUUUUUUUCCAUUCCGUAUUAUACUAACAGCGUAAUAUUAUUACGUCGGCAAGUGUGUUACCGGAUUUUUUUUUUUUUUUUUAUCGAUAAAUGUCUUUUUGAAUAUUAAACGCAGUGUAGUUUGGAAAUUGAAAACAUAAAAUAUUAUAAUGACCGACACGAUCGCCGAAAAACCGUAUCGUUUCAUACGUGUAAAAAUAAAUAAAUAAUUUUUAUUUUAUUUUAUAAUUAUUAGAUUAGUUUUUUUUUUUUUUUUUAUAACAAUAUAAAGUAAUUAGUAUUUUUCGCGAAAUAAUUAUAAAAAUAAAAUCGCAGUGAAAAUAAACUAAAAGCGAAAUAAUAAUCGCGUAUAGGAAAUUUAAAAUUUAACUAAUUCCGUAAUUAUCUUCAAAAUUAUAUUAGGUAUUUUUUUUAGUCAUUUUUAUAUUUAAAUAUUUUAAUUUUAACUUCGAAAUAAAUGGUUAUUAAUCAAAAUAUUACAAAAAAAACAAAAUUACUCUUAACUAAAACCCGCGGUUUAGUUCAAAGCUGAAAUUUCUAUUUAUUUAAAACAAAAAAAAAAAAAAUAAAAAAUAAAUAUUUUUAUUAUUAUUCCCGCGACCGUCGCGCGUAGACAUUUGUUUUCAAAAAAAAUAUUAUUUUUAAGCGAAAAGAAUUUGCGCACGUGCCCCGCGCAACGAAAUAUCUUUGAAAAAAAAUAUAUAAUUAUUUUUAAAGUAUCAGAAUAAUUAUUAUUAUUAUUAUUCCGAGGUGAAAAAAUACAAAAAAAAAAAAAUAAUAAUAAUAAGAAAAAAUAAAUGUUCAAAUAACGCGUUGAAAUAAUAUUAAUACGAAAUGAAAAAAUCCACGCAGAUUGUUGGCGCGAUAUCAAAUAGAAUAAACCAAGCCGCGAUGAUGCGGGGGCCGGUAAAAAAAAUAUUAUAAUACAAAUAUUAGCCAAAAAAGUAGUGGGCAACUCGCGUGUAAAAACCGAUGAUAUUGACAAAAAUCGUCUCAUUUCACAUACGUUCCGUUCGUUUUUUUGUUUCUCGCACAAUUUUUCGAUAUUACCGAAAUCGUUAAUUUUUUCGCUGUAGUAAAACAUAAAAUAAAAUCGGUUCAUUUUUUUUAUUCGACGUCAACUCUAUACAAUCGUUAAAAAAUAAAUCGUCAAUCGUAACUGCAACAAUCUUUUGACUCUGGGCUAUCUAAUCGUAUUGAACUUAAGUUGUCUAUCCGAUUUUUCCGGGAGGGAGGAGGGGGGGGGUCUACGAUGAGACGACGCGUAUAUCCAACGCGCGUUUUUCGACGGCCGAUUUUAUCGCGACGUUCUCGAAUAACAAUACCCCCUCGGUAAUACUGUCGCGAAUUUCCAUUGCCGAAAGAAAAUGUCAGAUAAAAAAAGAACCAAAAAAAAAACAAUCCGUAACGGAAAAUAACUACGAAAACGUUAAAAUAUCCCGUUUUCAAUAGCUUAAAUUCAAACGAGAGACAACGAAAAUUCGAUUUGCACAAUGACAACUGUCGGUAUUUUUUUUUAUGAUUUUUUUUUUUUUUGUCUUGUUAAAUGCAUAUAAUACAAAACACGGUGUUAUAGAAAACGUAAUCAACUUAAAUACAAACCGAGAUGAACAUUUUUCGCAAAAUCUCGGAAAAACCGCGCAAAACAAUACAGUACCUAAUAAUAACGCGUGAGCUAAUCGUAAUCUAUUUUGUUUUUUUAUUUUAGUUUUACUGAGAGUUUAAAACGUCGUUAAAUCGAGUAGGUUUUUUUUUUUUAUGCUUACUUACGCGCUAAAAUACGUUGUCCACUCCGAAACCGAAUAAAACCGUGAACAAACAAAAAAAAAAACAAAUAAAAAUAAUAAAACUAAAAAACAACAACAAAAAAAAAAAGAAAAAACGAUAAAAACUGUAGAAAAACAACAACCGUAGACCGAAAACGAAUUUACAUUGUGUUACAUUUUUAACGAUAUCGCGGCCGAAUUGUGAAAUCGAAGCGUACGACUGGACGCGAUGUCCGCGGCCUCCAAUAUGUGUCGCGGUCAUUGUCGCGGCCCCGUAAACAGCCGCGCGGGGUAGUUUUUUCGUUGUCCGCCCGGUCGUCCGGCGAAAACCGGUCGGCCGACGAGCACGGGCUACCGUGGGGGCUCGCCGGGCGCGCAACCGGAUGGUCGCCGCGACGUGUUGCGCAACGCGCGCGACCCCUAUUAACAUUACAAUACGCCGCGACGGGGGGAUUUCGAAACGCGGGCAUCCCUUUUCAGCCCCCCCUCCACCCCUCCCAACCACUCACCAGCGAUUUCGGGGUGCCGACCGCCGUCCGUACCGUCGGCCGCGGCGGACCGACGAGCCGGUCUUUUUGUCUCCCCGCUCGCGGUUUCGACACGAUACUUAAUGCGUUCACGGAACGACUCGGCGUCACGUCCGAAUGUACCGCGACCGUGUAGGCACGUUGGCGAUACGGGAUAAUAACCGCGGCGGAUUUUUUUUUUUAUUAUUUUAUUAUUAUUAUUUCCGUUUCUAUCGGCGACGCGAUCGAAUACGGAAUUUAAUUUUUUUUUUUGUUUUUCUAAAAUCGCGCAAAUUUCGCACUACGUAAAAAUAGGCGUAACUUUACCGCGGACGGGGUGGUGGCGGGGCUACUAUGAGACUAUGCGCGGGGGAGGGGCGGAGGAGACGGAGGGCGGGCUAGCGCGGAGGGGGGGACGCGCGAGCGGUUCGAGGACGGACGGGACGGCGAAAAGGAACGGCCGAGGACCUGCGCGUGACGCGCGACCGUUUGAAAACCGUGCGGCCCGCAGUGGCGCGCUCUUUAUCGUUCCGCGGCGCGCCGACUUUACCGCCGCCGGACGCCGGCACCGUGCCGUAGUGGCCACGUGAACGCAACUCGAGUCGCAACCCCUUUGACCGACGCGGGCCCGAAAAACACACGCGCGCGCCUCUCCGGCUAUUGCGCUUCCCGAACGGCUGUUUAUACACGAGGUCUCGGGGUCGCCGUGAUAAUUCGAAAGGCCCCGGGGUAAAGCGAUAAUACAGUGGACCGUCGCUUAUUAUUUAUUUAUUUUUUUUUUUCUAAAAUUUAAAUUAAGUAAAUUUUUUUUUUUUUUAUCCAAACUCGUUCGAAAUAAAAAUCGUAGAACAAUAAAAUGUCCGGAACGUCGCAGACUAUAUGAUAUUAUCGUUUUUCCCCGCAGCCCUUCAUUUGUACGCGGCGACGGACGAGAGUCGGACGCAAAUAUCAUAAUAACAUUUUACAGUUGGUCGCGACUUUUGACGCAAAACCGCUAAAAAACAAAACUGAGAAACCGAAAGGUUCGAUGUAUUAAAAAAAUAAAACAGAGCGCCGUACUGGUGCAGAAAACGAUUUAUAGGGUCCUGGGGAGGAGGAGGAGGCAACAACGGGAACAACAGUAUGUGUAAAUUCUACAAUUUGCUACAAAAUUGUAUACAUUUUAAUGUUUACGUUGUUCCUACUGUCAAAUACCGGGCUAACAGACAAACGAAACCGCAACAAUCGGUUGUAUUAACACGUCGAGCGUCAUCAUCACGGGUCCCGAAUGUGUCGGUCUCGCUUGUUUUUGACCAAAGCGCCGAGGGGGUUAUUUUUGCCAUUGGUCGCUAUUAUAAUAAUUUCGGAGGGACAAAAAAGAUCCAAAUGAUUUGAGAUUUAAAACAAUUGAUAACGAGAGAAUAAGUAAACAACUCAAUGCGUCGCCAUAUACGAAUACCAAAACGAAACGUGCGCGGCAUAAAUGGGUAUUCGGUAUACCGGUAAGAAACAGACCGAGAUAGACGGGUGGGUGGGUGGGUGUAUGCAAAACACUUAAUCAUAUUAUAUGCUAACAGAAAUAAGGUGAAGCGCAGGAAUAUCUAGUGGCUUUAUUUAUAGCCCCCGAUUCUUCUGGGCUCGGGUUGUAUUAGGUUAAUUUCAAUUUUAUCGAAACUGUUUCGUGGAAGGAAAAACUUCACGCCGCCGCUAGCGGCAGCACUGUAGUACUGUUUACGGAAUCCUUUUUUUUUUCGAGAUUUCGAUAAAGUUCAAUACCGAGUCUCGUUGUAAAACAAAGUGGCUUUAUAUCGAAAACCCCUCGGCGCUCGACGUGUUAAUUUAAAAGUUCCCCCGGACUAUUCUUUUGGAGAGUUGCGAAACCAGACGUUUUUACACCCAGUAUUAAAAUACCGUACACGCCUUAUGCGGUGUUUCCCGGCCGCACCUCCUCCAGACCUUAACAAUCAUAAAACGCGAAACUGUUUCUUUCCGAGUCCCGUGUGAAACUGACAAAUACAAACCUAAUCCAUCGGUAAAUACACUUAACAAAAAUACGCGAACACGCAUCCGUGAAUACUUUACGCGCGGUUCUCCCCUUCCCAGAGCAGUACCGCGCGUUGUACCGUUUACAACGCUCGCGCUCUAUAAAAACACAACUGUCCGGUACCCGAUAAAACGGGAAUUCCCGAUAUUGUCACCGUAUAUUACGUAAUGUCGGUUAUACGCUGCGGUUUCCGGUCCGGUCAGACCGACCGAAUCGAACCGUACACCGAGUACCCACAGAGGUACCUCUCCGUAGAUCCGUUAAGUUAAAACGGUUUGACCACUGCCGACUGACAAAACGAUAAAAAAAAAAAAAAGAUAAAUUUAACGUUGUAAUAAUUGUUGUUGACAGCUGACACAGGCGUUUUACUGUUACUCAUAUGAUAUUGACGUUUUACUAAUGUUAUAAUAUACACGUUGUUUUUGUUUGAUUUUAACCGUUGAAAAAAAAAAAAAAAAGAAAUACAUUUCGUGUAUUUAUGUUAUGUUAACGCCGCUUUGUUGUGGAUUCACCGUGUGCAGAACCGAUCGAUAUCAGACCGCACUCUCGAGGAAUGCUGGUCCACACUCCAGCGGGUCAGCUGGAACGUCUUUCGUUCAGUACGCUAUUUUUUAUAA